GUGAAAAGGCCCGACAGGAAGUUAGUCAUAGCGCUCGCGUUGACUGGCAAGACCUGACCGAGAUGUUUCCCAGGAGGCUGGACAUUUGAAGGGGAAGGUUUACGGAACGAGUGAUACCUGGUCCCAAGACGUUUGACACCCAAAGUUGCAAGCACUCAGCCCAGCGGACACCGACACCACGAGGCCUGAGAGAGAGGGAGAGACGCGGAUUCACGAUAUCGAAUUGUUUCCCAGGCCUGGAAACCCACAGAAUCUUCCAAUCCAUCCUUUUCGCUCGGGUGAACGUCUGCCUUGUCGUGGAGGGUGAUAAUGCUCAACGUGUGCCUGAUUGGCGCCGGCGGCGUGGGAACCAUCGCAGCAUACGUCCUGGAAAAGUCUCAGAGGUGUCGUGUCACGGCGGUAUUACGAUCCAACUACACCGUGGUUCGAGAUCAUGGCUUCGAUAUAGAUUCGGUUGAUCAUGGUCAAAUCCGAGGAUGGAAACCACAUCGAGUAAUACCUUUUCUUUCUUCCGCACCGACAGACCAACCGUACGACUUUAUAGUCAUCACCACCAAAUCCAUCCCUGAUCUGGUGGCCGCACUCAUCCCCGACCUGAAACCACUCAUCACUCCAGGCAAAACCAGUCUCGUCCUCAUCCAGAAUGGUUUGGACAUUGAACAUUCAUUUGCCUCUGCCUUUCCCGAGAUCCCUGUACUUUCGGGGUUGAGCAUGAUAGGUUCCAGAACGACAUCCCCUCGCGCGGUUUUCCACGAGGAUCCCGACCAACUCAGGAUAGGCCCUUACUAUCACCACGUCGACGACCCUCUCCCACGCUCCACCCAACUCGAAGCCGCACGUACGUUUGUUGAGGUUUACAAUGCCGGUCUCUCGGAUGCGAGGACAAUCCAAAAGUCUGGUGCUGAAUGUGUUUUGGCCGAAGACAUCGUCGCCGCUCGUUGGCGCAAGUUGUUGUGGAACGGUUCUUACAACACAAUCUGUGCCGUACUCAGAAUGUCCGUGGGGGAAGUCCUCUCGAGUCCAGGCAGGAAAACACUUUUGGAGCCUGCCAUGCGUGAGAUGGCCGCCAUCGGUACAGCAGCGGGAUACGGAGAAACGGUAACGGAAGACGUCGUACAGUUUUUGUUGAAAGACACCCCAGACACCAGCCCAUUCAGACCGAGCAUGUUGGUUCACCUGGAAAAGGGUCAGCCCUUGGAAUUGGAGGUCAUUUUGGGCGCGCCGUUGAGGGUGGCAAGGGCCAAAGGCGUGAAGACGCCUGUGCUUGAUCAGAUUUACGAACUUUUGAAGGUCGUUCAGUGGCAUUUAUUGCGGCAACAGUCCUGA